UCCAACGGUGCGGGAAUGUAAACGCGCUGCCAGGGAACACCUGACUUGUGUGACCUGACACCUCUCCAAGCCACGAUAACGGGGAGCCGUAGGUACUGGUAGGUGUUCUCUGGAGCCGUCCGCCCACUCAUGCAUUGUCAACAGCCGCAUGCAUUACCUCCUGGUUUUGAUUUCGUCAACUAGCGGCAAUAAUAGGCUGUCAUGAAUACCUGGAGGCCGGUGUUACGAGCGCUUUAGGACUUCCUGCUGUCGAAAUGAGCGGUCGUGAGGAGGGCAUGUUGAGGCGGCGAAUUCUGCAGCCGGCGGCGUCUGCUGUGCUGAGGGCCAACGCCUGCAGACGUCUUCCUAGGCGUCGCAAUUCAUGGAUGCGCGUGUUGAGUUGUAUCGUUCUACUUGUGUACGGCGCCUUCCCCGCUGCCAUUUACUUCUCUGGAUGGUUCAGAAGGUUCCUGAUCUUUGGUCAUUACCUAAACUGGCCACCCAUGAUGAACUUGACGGAUACGUACGCCUAUCAGCUCCCUUACUCGAGGUCCUUCUUCCUAGAGUCGGCUAAGGGUGUUAUGAUUGGGACUUGGCACGUUGUGCCGAAGAGCCAGUGGAAACGCUUUGGUGCCAAUGUUAAGCCGGAGUCCGAAUUUCAGGAUGACAGGCCAGUCAUCAUAUACUGCCAUGGUCAUGCAGAAACCCGUGCUACUGACUACCGAGUUCAGCUGUAUAAGAGACUUUCAGAGAGUGAAAUCGAUGCCCAUGUGGUGACGUUUGAUUACCGUGGCUUCGGAGACUCUACAAACAUUAUGCCCAACCGCAGUGGUGUACUUGAGGAUUCGCUGGCCGUCUACAGCUGGGUUAAAGAAAAGGUGCCCAAGUCGAGGAUUAUUGUCUGGGGCCACUCUUUGGGCACCGGUGUUGUGAUGCAGCUUGCAGAGAUCUUCACUGAGACAAAUGACAAUCCUGCCGGCAUCGUACUGGAAGCACCGUUUAACAGCCUCGUGGAAGCUGCCCUGCAAUGGCCCCUGGGACUGCCCUAUCGAUACUUGCCUCUGUUCAGAAGAAUGGCACAGCCACUCCAGCAUGAUGACACAAACUUUGAGUCAGAGCAAAAGGUUGGCAAGCUGAGUGCCCCUGUUCUGAUCAUGCAUUCCAAAGAUGAUCCUCUCGUACCCUAUUACCUUGGUCAGAAACUGCUUUCUCGCAUGCAAGCUCAAAGGCCAGCCCAUCUGCCAGCGCCAGUGUUUUAUGAGGUUGACAACAGUGUGGGACCAGGGCAUCGGCGAAUUUACAAGGACCCCAAGUUUCCAUUGAUUCAUCGUGCGAGAAUUUGUGCAUAUUGUAGGAGGACAGCAAGUCGGAAUGCAGCGUGACAAGCCUAGUUUAAGAAAUGAUGCGGUACCCACCCUUUCCCCAAACCUGCCUAAAUAUAUGGCGAAGAGUUUGCCUAAAGAACGAAAAAUAAGAAAUACUGCUUCAUCGGACUGCGUACCAGCAAAGAAGUGUCCUAGCGUCUUCGGACAAUCGCCAAUAUGACUCGACGAGCACUGAGGAUCUUGAAAGUGUCGCCGACGGCCCUGCCAAACAUUUUAUAUAUGAGCUGCGAUUACCAUCUGGGCAUUGGUCAUUGCAGUCAUUCUAAAGCCACGACUCCAUGUCAUAUCACAUCACACAACUGAGGAGGGGCCUCGGAAAAAUGAACGUGAAGAGGAAGCUGAAGGUGACUCUGAGGCACCCAUGGAUGCCGCUGAAGUGGUCGCAAACCAUGCAGACACACCGAGCAACGCAGCGAUGUUCGACUUGUCCACUAUAUUUAGGGAUAUGUGGCCAGAAAAUGCAUUCUGCCUUUGGCCUGUACACUUUGCAAAAAUGCUUGUAUCGUGUUUCGAGACAACACUGCAGCAAGAGAGCUGCCAAGUCAGGUGACUAGAGAUUGGAAUCUAGGGGGACAUCUAUAUCCAUCAGAGUAUCUGUACAACCAGGUGUUCUGUGGUACAACCUUGUACAGACUAUGGAAACCAAGUUGACACAUGUGUUUAGCACAGUUCGCCUGCAUUCGAAUGUGGUAGCCAGUCUUCUGCGAUCUGUAUGCAGUGAAGUCCCGAAAAUUGGCUGCAUUGAACAUUGCAAAGAGUGUCUCAGUGUGUAUACGUGUUUCAGAAUACUGCCUCAAAUGUAACACAAAUCCAGCAAUGAGAAAAUGGCAGUGCAUAAGUGCAGAUAUGUUUAGCAGCAAACAUUGUCACAAUCUAUUGCAGUUACUAACAUUGUCAAAGAUGCCACGCUUCCGCUAGAGCAUGCUUCUUCGUUUUGACUGCGUUAAGACGUGGUUCAAUGUUCUAGAAAAUAAAACUAUUUCGUUUCCAUUAAGCAUCUAAA